GAUCCAAUUCAAAAGGUAUUUGUUAUAGUGCAUUCUCUUUAAAGUUACAAAGCGCUGCACACAUCAGUAAAAAUGUUUGGCCUGUAUCUUAAUAAUCUCUCAUCAACAGUUGAAUGAAAGCUACUCUGUUAAUAUUUCAAUCAUUCACAUAUAUCCUUUAUUUCUAGAACCCUUUAUUUCUUUUUAAAAGAAAUGAAUCGCUCUUUCCCUCUUGAUAUUUCUUAGUCAGAUGUGUGUGGUAUAUAACUAUGCUGUCAUUAGAAUGAAUACAAUUAAAUAUACAUGUAGGUCUAAACUGGAUCUGAUUCAAACAAGGACAUGUUUUCUAUAAGUAAUAUCAAGCAAAUUUGUAUAGUUCUUUCCUCAUUGUGAAAUCUAUGCUGAUGUUCUUUACUACAUUAUCUACUGAUUGAUUUAUAACUAGGUAUGGUUGCUAGUUUGGGUAUUCUUUUUUCUCAUCAGGCUUCUCGCUACGAGUAUAGGACCUCGUUUCUAACGAGGCUCUUCGGAUCCAAGAAGAUAGCCUGCGCAGUCUUCUGUUGUAUCAUUGCCAUCUUAGCUCUGUUCAGAUUCAACACUUUCUACCAUGCGGUGACUCCUCAGGAAUCAUGGCCUCUUAUAGAUCACAUGGUGAUCAGGACGAUAGGACAGGUCCUGACGGCGUCUGGAGUCGUCAUGGCUACUUGGGCCAUUGUUGCUCUCAACUUCUAUGGAUAUGGUUUCGCCGAUUCCUUUGAUAUUCUGAUGGAGGAGCGGGUCACAUCUUUCCCAUUCAAUGUCUUUAACAAUCCCAUGUACCUGGGCUCAACUCUGGAGUAUGUAGGAGCUUCACUUGUGGCAGCUAGUCCGACUGGUAUGUUACUGUCUGCAUUGAUAGGUGCUAUGUAUCUAAUAGCUCUGCACUUUGAAGAGCCUUUCACAGCCAUGAUCUAUGCUGACAAAGCAAAUCAAAAUAUUCGCAAAGAGAACUAGGUCUUUCUCGUGGAGAAGGGUAAAUAAUUCAUCUUAGGAACCGGCGGUAUAAACUAUAGCAUUACCGUAAUUCUCAAGAUUUAAAGUGUGCUGUGUUUUACCUUUCAAAAAAAAAAUUGGAAAAA